AAUGUUUAAUAUCAAAAUGGACGUCUCCACUGUAUCCUGAUUGUUUUGAUUCUCGCGUAAGUAGUGUAUACGAUUUGCAAAUCUCUCUCCUUGCAACCAGUUUAUCCGCACCGCGCCUGACUCGGUUGACGGGUUGUCUGCUGAACAUCGACAAUCUACGGUUACCCGACGAGUUCCGAUGAUAAUUUAGUGCGCCGUUUUGUAUAUUUGGUGUGCGCAUUGGUCUCUAUAACUCUACGACUCCGCAAACGAUAAAUGGCUGCGACUAAUUUGCCAUCCGGCGAACCUGCGCCCGAAGACACGUCCUUGUACCCAAUCGCUGUACUCAUCGACGAAUUGAAAAACGAAGACGUACAGUUACGCCUGAAUUCUAUCAAGAAACUUUCUACGAUUGCUUUAGCUCUUGGUGUUGAACGCACUAGAGUUGAGCUCAUACCAUUCUUGACUGAAACUAUUUAUGAUGAAGAUGAAGUUUUAUUGGCGCUUGCUGAACAGUUGGGCAAUUUUACCAAUUACGUUGGAGGACCAGAUUACGCCCAUACGUUAUUGCAUCCAUUGGAAUCUUUGGCUACAGUUGAGGAGACGGUUGUUAGGGACAAGGCUGUUGAGUCACUUCGUCAAAUAGCAGUGUUGCAUUCUCCAGCUGAUCUAGAAAAUCAUUUUAUCAAUCUUGUCAUUCGACUAGCAUCUGGUGACUGGUUUACAUCACGUACAUCAGCUUGUGGUUUAUUCUCGGUGUGUUAUUCUCGUGUUAAUCCAAUGAUUAAAUCUGAAUUACGUAACUACUUCCGUAAUUUGUGUCAAGAUGAUACUCCUAUGGUACGAAGGGCUGCUGCUGGAAAAUUAGGGGAAUUCGCAAAAGUUGUUGAAUUAGAUUCUUUAAAAAAUGAUCUUAUACCAAUGUUUUCAUCGCUUGCUCAAGACGAACAGGAUUCUGUCCGUCUUUUGGCUAUUGAAGCUUGUGUUAGUAUAGCUUCAUUACUUACACACGAAGAUGUUAAUGACUUAGUGAUGCCAACUUUACGUUUGUGUACUUCAGAUAGUUCUUGGAGAGUUCGUUACAUGGUUGCUGAUAAAUUUACUGAAUUACAAAAAGCUGUUGGACCUGAAAUAACUCGUAUAGACUUAGUACCAACUUUUCAAUCACUAUUACGUGACACUGAGGCUGAAGUAAGAGCCGCUGCAGCCAAUAAAGUAUGCGAAUUUUGUCGGAAUUUAUGUCCUCCAGUUGCCUCUGGUGCUUUAUCAAAUGAUCCAAAUGCUUCACAAACAUCUAAUGCAGUUGAUUCUAUUAUUAUGACAUCAAUUUUACCUGUCGUCAAAGGAUUGGUUGCAGAUACUAAUCAACAUGUCAAAUCAGCUUUAGCUUCUGUAAUAAUGGGAUUAUCUCCUAUUCUUGGAAAACAAAGAACUCUUGACCAUUUGUUACCACUAUUUUUAACUCAAUUGAAAGAUGAGUGCCCUGAAGUGCGUUUAAACAUUAUAUCCAAUUUGGAUUGUGUUAAUGAAGUGAUUGGAAUUCAACGGCUCUCCGAAACACUUUUACCUGCUAUUGUUGAACUUGCUGAGGAUCCUAAAUGGCGAGUUCGUUUAGCAAUAAUUGAAUACAUGCCAUUAUUAGCAAGUCAACUAGGUGUACAGUUCUUUGAUGAUAAACUCAAUAGCUUGUGUAUGACAUGGCUUAUUGAUCAUGUUUAUGCUAUAAGAGAAGCAGCUACAUUAAACUUGAAAAAGCUAGUUGAAAAAUUUGGAGCUGAAUGGGCUCAAACAUCUGUUAUACCAAAAGUUAUACUUAUGGCCCGAGAUCCAAAUUAUUUACACCGAAUGACAUUCUUAUUCUGCAUUAAUGAACUUGCUGAUGUAUGUGGUCCAGAAAUAACUGCUAAAACUAUGUUACCAACCGUUCUAUCAAUGGCAAGCGAUAGUGUAGCUAAUGUACGUUUUAAUGUUGCCAAAACACUUCAAAAAAUUGGACCAAUUGUUGCACAAUCUGCUGCGGUAAAAUCUCAGAUAAAACCUGUUUUGGAUAAAUUAAAUACAGAUACAGAUGUGGAUGUUAAGUACUUUGCUGCUGAAGCUAUAUCAAUAAUUGCGUGUAACUAAUAUGGUUUUUAUUGUUUAUGUAUAUCUAUCACCCUAAUCAAUGCCCAAAUUAAUUAUUAUAACAUUGUUGUAGCUUGUGCAUUUUUACCUUUCCCAAUUUACACAAAUGAUUUUUUUUAACAGUAAUACAAAAAUAAUAAUUAUCA